CGCUUGCGCAGAGUUGAUCGAGUCGUCUCAGAUGUGAACAGCUUCGCCUCGAAUGGCGGGUCAAGAGAAAUUGGAGAAAAAUGCUGCCACAGCCUGGUGUCUUUCACUUUUUGUGGGAGAUUUGUUCAGGUACAGUGAAUGAAGGAAGUGCAGUGAGAACCUUUGGCAGGUUAACUGACUAUGAUGCUGAGAUAUCGAAGGCAGAUCUCUCUGUUCAUCACAACUCAAUUGAUUACCAUCUUCGGGUCCUUACUUCACUGGUGGAACCAUUUGAAGUUCAGAUUGGAGCGAAAUAUAUGGUACUUGGAGAGCUGGAGACCACAACAGGCAAUGUUCCUGUGAUCCAGGCUCGGCUACUAAUUAAUGCGGAUGGAGUUGACUUGCCAUUACUGGAACGUGCUGUACAGGAACAGAGAAAGUACUUCCAACAAAGAGACAGAACUGCCCUUGAAACUGAGAUAGCAGACAGAAGAGAUGUGUGAAUGUGCAUAUGCAAACAUGCCAUUGGUAUUGCAGUUUCUCAAAGUACCUUGCAGGUGUGACAGCUGCUUUUAAUUACAACUGUCUGAUUCCUCUGUUUUGGGCUGGUGCUGAACAUAUAGUCUGCUUUCUGUAUGUUGUGCUUACCUUGCCUUUUAAAAGUAACAAUUUUGCUUUACAAAAAUUUUGUGAAAUUCAAAUUAAAAUAGCUUUGGGAAGUUGCUGACUUGUGUAUUUAGGACUUCCAGCACUUGCAUUUCUGGAGUGUUUUUUGAGUAACACUCCUAAACAGCCACUUUAGUGAUGUUGUAUAUCAUGAGUUCUUGGUUUUAACCCACACUGCAUCAGAGAAAGGAAGCUGGAUUUUGCCCAUAAUGUUUUCAAUUUGAGAGUGUAUUACCCAUUAUUUUGCAAAUUUGCUUUCUGUCUAUGAUUAAGAUCAGAAGUUCCUUGUUUUUGCUGCCCCUAUGGAAUAAGUCAUCAGUGCAGUGCUCUGCAUGAAUGUGCUUUAAAUAACCUACAUCAAGAUAAUCGAUGCAAGUAUAAAAGGUACCCAAAUAUUCUUCAGAGAGAAAUAGAGCAUGUUUUCUUUAGGAUACAGCUGAGAUUGUCUUAUUGAUCAGGUACGCAACAGAUCACAAGGGUAAUUGAAGAACCUUUGCUGCAUUUUGAAUAUUAUGAGGAAACUACAUGUUGCCCACUGUGCUCUGCCCCCUGUGGAUUAACUGCAGUUUUUGCUUUAUGAAGUGAACAAUUUACUUUUGAGCUCCUACUGUAUACUGUGAGCAACUACACUGUGGUUUGUGAGCACAAGACAACAGGAGCAGGAGUAAGCCACUUGCCCUUCAGCAUUGCCCCUUGCUUUUCUGAUCCGUGGUCAGUAAUGGAUGCAUCUCAUUUAAUGCUUUUACCUUGACAAAAAUAACUUUUCUUGUUAUAAUUUUUGGAUACUAAUUAAGUUUACACACCUGUAGAUUUUUGGUGAUUCUGGUUAAGUAUAUUAGGGUAUACCACUCCUUGGAAGCAGUGAUGUUUUGCUAAUUAAAUUAGGUUGUAUAGUAAUUAAGCUUGUAGCAUUCUCAUGCAUGAGGAUUUUUUUUUGAGAUUUAUUUCCAUACAGUUCCAGUUCUUCCCCUUAAUCA